CUCCAUUUUUUUCUUCAUUUUGGAAACUGUUCAAAUGGCUGCCAACGUCGCCCGUCGCCUCAAGCCUCUGUUCGACCGCGUUCUCGUCGAGCGUCUCGUCGCUCCCCAGAAGACCAAGUCUGGCAUUCUCCUCCCCGAGUCUGCCGUUCCUGCCCUGAACGAGGGUGUUGUUAUUGCUGUCGGCCCUGGCGCUCGCGAUCAGGCUGGCAACCUCAUCCCCCCGUCGGUCAAGAUCGGCGAGAAGGUCUUGCUCCCCGAGUUCGGCGGCAACAAGAUCAAGCUCGACGACAAGGAGUUUACUCUGUACCGCGACGUUGAGAUUCUUGGCGUCCUCCACUAAACACUUUUUGCGUUGGUGGAUUCACUGUUCCCAUUAAUAACAAAACAACAAAAACGAUUUCUUCCAAAACUCCCAAAUGAUGUGAACUUGACCAAUGAUCGACUCGG